UUAUGUCAUGGCCAUUUGCAUUUUUGAACAUUUUGAAAAUAAUUUUUGAUGACACAUCAAACUGCAGUUUGUAUUGCACACACACAGCAAUUGUUUCUGUGUGUGUGUGUGUGACGCCUUAGCUUUUGUUUGGCGUACACACAUGAGUGAGUGAGCCAUUCAUUGUCUGUCUGUCUGUUGUUUGUUUGUUUGUCGUUGAUGUUUUUACAUUUCGUCUGAGCAAGCCAAAAUCCAGUGGCAAAGGAAAUUAAACGAAAAUCAGGUGAUUCUUAAUUGGUGGUGGUGGUGGUGGUGUUCCAAAUCUGACAAGUACCAAUCCUAGUCAGAUUGCUGGUAAUGCAAUCGGAUUCGACAGAUUACCAGAUUUGUAUUCAAUAGAUCUCUAACAAGAUUGACAACAAUGACUCGAAGUCAGACGGCGGUCUCAUCAUCAUUAUCGCAUCAUGGAAGACAAUCAUCUUCAAAUGCGAAUAGUAGACAUCAUCGGUCCACCAGUAAUAACAAUAAUAAUCGUCGUCAUCAACAUUCACAUAUGAAUACAUUACGUUUGGCACAACUGUUGCAAUUCCAAUAUGAUGAAAAUUUUACAUUCAUCUCUCCAUAUAUCAAAUAUUUCCUUUUCUUUUUCAACCUUAUAGUCUGGUUAUUCGGCUGUCUAUUGGUUGGCCUAGGUGCCUGGUCAUUUCUUGAGGAAUAUAGCGACAAUACGGCCAUUCAUAUUCGGACCGUGAUCGAUCUUCUGCUCAACAUAUCAUUGUUUAUCAUUGUGUUUGGCAGUAUCGUCUUUAUCAUGAGCUUUACUGGAUGCAUUGGAGCAUUACGAGAGAAUCUUUUCUUGCUUCGAUUGUAUUCACUCAUAUUGUUGCUUAUGUUCAUCGCUGAAACAGUUUUGUCGGCAAUUGCAAUUCUUUUUCCGAAUUCAUUCCUCAAUCUGGUGAAAGAAGCAUUUUCCAACGAACCAAUCAUCAAAUAUCGGGAUGAUUCAAAUUUACAGAAUAUUAUCGAUCUUGUACAAACGGAAUUCCAAUGCUGUGGUGUAUCGGACAAAGGCUACAAAGAUUGGUCGAAAAACAUUUAUUUCGAAUGUUUGGACACUAAUCCAAGUCGGGAACGAUGUGCCGUACCCUAUUCCUGUUGCAGAAAUUCUCGUAACUUGGACUCUGGUUUAAUAAACAACGAAUGUGGUUUCAACAUGCAAAACAUAAGCUCAGUAGUCGAGGUGAACAAAGACAUUUACACUCGUGGUUGUAUCGAAGCUAUUACCGAAAAAAUCGCACCACACAUCAGCGUCUUGGCCUAUGUCUGCAUAGUCAUUGCAAUCAUUCAGUUAUUCUUGAUGUUUCUAGCUCGUUCAUUACAAGGCCAAAUAUCGGCUCAAUUAUCCCGUUGGAAUGGAAGAUGAUUUUUUACAUAACUUUUUUUCUGUGUUUUGAAUCAAUUGUACAAAUUAUAAAUGCAACAAUUAACACAAUCAUCGUCAUUAUUAUAAAUACAAUAUAAUUCAUUUAUGAUUUUCAA